AUGACUUGUUCAUCUGCUGAAUGUGUAUGUGCUAAGAAGUCCACUUGUUCUUGUGGUGCCCGUCCUGCCCAACAAUGCAACUGUGACAAGGCCACUGUUGAAAAUGUCGCUCCUGCUGCUGGUGAUGCCUGUGUGUGUGGAAAGAGAAACAAGGAUGCUUGUACUUGCGGAUCUCACUCUCACUGUGACGGUCACAGAGAAGGUGAAACCGAUUUCACUAACUUGAAGUAA